GGAAGCGGCGAGGAUUAACGCUGGAUAAUGAGUGGAAGGUCUGGCCGAGAGGGGGUGAAAGCUGUGUCGGUCUGCGAUGGCAGUGGCCGGGACGGUGUGUCGGUGCAGGAAGGACCCUCAGGGGGCCGGGAUGCUAGUGGAAGUGGACCCCGACGGCGAGGGCGGCACCCAUGCAGGAGGCCUAGGAAUCAGGCUGGCCAGUUCAUCUCCGUGGUGACCCUCUUUGAGGUGAUGGCCAGGAGGAGCAGCUCCAUACUGGUACUGACCACUGCUGGGAGGGAUGCACGGGCUGGGCCCCCUCUGAGUACUGGCAAAACGGUCACUCCGGUGGGAGGUGGAGCCCAGCGCUGGGGUCACGGCCCUGGGGUCCCAGCCCCAGGGUCACGGCCUGCUCUGCUGGUAGCCAUGAAGCUGCUGACGGCGCUGGCCAGCGUGAACCAGGGCAUCUGCACAGGCAGGCGCACGGCCCAGCGGCUGUACGAGAUCGAGAGCAUCACAAAGCUCAAGGGCAGACACAAGUACUACAUGGAGCUGUUGGACCAGCGCAGACACCAGUUCCAGAACAAGCCGAUGGCCAUCGACAACAUCAUCUGUGCACUCUUUAAGAGGACAUUUGUGCCCCGCUACCGUGACAUCAGCUCGGACAUCCGUGUGAUCUGUAUGGGGGAGCUCGGCUGCUGGAUCAGGCUGUAUCCGGACAUGUUCCUGGACAACAACUACUUGAAGUACAUCGGCUGGAUGCUGUACGACAAGGGUUUGCAUCUGGGUCCCUAG